AUGAUAUUAUUUUCUGGUCGGUUGCUAAAUUUCAUCUCAUUACUUCUUUUUGUUCUGUUAAACCUUUCCGGUCCAGUUAGCGCCCAAAAACGACGAAUCAUUCGUUUAUUAACUUCGUUGUCUAAGAAAGCGUCCAAUAAUGGUCAACGGUUAUUUCAAAACAUUGCAAAUAAUGAAAUGCAAAAUAUUGAUAUCAUUUAUAUGAAAUUAUCUGAUUGGGCAAAAAAUGAAGGACCCAAUUUUACGAAAACAUUCGAAGAAAGCAUGAAAAAAGCAGAAAAAGAAGCUUAUGAAAAACGAGAAGAACUUGGAAUGGAAAUAAACCAAUUACCACCAUUAGUAAUUGAUGCCAUUCAAGUUGUGGACAUAUUUCGGCAGGAUCCCACCAAAAGCGAUCUUGAGGAAAAAAAGAUGAUAAACGAUUUGAAGAAGGCGAUAGACCCGCUGUUUGCUAAUCGUUACCAAAUUAUACUGGAUCGUGCGCAGAAAUUACAAGAUGAAUACGGUAUUCAUUUGUUUCGAUCACCUUUUGCUAAACGUAGAAAGCGUUACUUUAAAAGCGAUGAACUGUGA